AUGGAACAGAAUGUGACCCUCCUCGGGCCGGAUGGGGACUACAACAACACGGAUGAGGAGCGCAACUUUUCGAGAGCCCCGAGCUGCUCAGUAUUAGAACGUACGAUUUGCCAGAAUAUUAUCCCGGUUUUUUGCGUGUUCGGGAUGGCGGGCAACUCGAUGGCGUUGAUGUUGAUACGAACCAACUUCUGGCUCCGUCGGCUCACGUCAAAUGCGUAUCUUUCAACGCUCUCCAUCUCCUCGUGUCUCUUUCUUUUCACCGUGUUCGUGACGUGGGCCGACUCGAAGUACAGCGUGCCGUUGUAUAAUAAAUCGGAGAUCGGGUGCAAGUUCUUCACCUUCCUCGCCCAUGCGUGCGACUUCAUCUGCGUGUGGAUGAUCUCGUGGGUGUCGUGCGACCGGAUGAUUGUCUUAUAUCGGCCAGGAAUCCGGAAGUGGGUGUGCACAAAGAAAUUUGCGAAGCGGAUGGUCGUUUUCACGAUUUUCAUCUCGUUGUUGUUAUAUUCAUGGUGCAUCAUGUCGGCCUCCCUGGAAAUGGAGGACGGCACGGUGUUCUGCGGACUCGACCGUAAUCAGACACUCUUCGGAAAUACCAUCGGAAAUCUCUACUUUUCAUUCACGAUGAUCGACACGGUCAUCUGCACCGUGUUGCCGUCGAUUCUGAUCGUCGUCGUCAACUCGUUCGCCAUCUACCGGUAUCGCCAAUGCAUGAAGAUCUACUCAUCGGGCGUGCUGCGCGUGCGCUUCUUGCGGACGCCGGACACGCAGAACAACAACGACUACGAAGAAACUACCGCCAAAAAGCUGCUGCUCUCGCAGGCGACGCCGACGAUGAACACGCCAUCUACUCAAUCAUCUCGAGGGACGGCUUGUGGAAAGAUGAGGAGCAGCGAUCUACAGUUGAGCCGAACGCUGCUCGUCGUCACGAGCACGUUUGUGCUGCUGAACGUGCCGAACUACGCGCUGCGGCUCUACCAGGAGAUCUUCACCACGGACCCGCUGUUCCACACCGUCUACUUUGUCAGCUAUCUGCUUUACUAUUUCCACCACGCCGUCCUGUUCUACUUUUACAUUUUCUGGAGCCCACAAAUGAAGAAGCAGCUGAAGCCGGCGGCGAUGCGGCUCCUCGAGUGCUACUGCUUCAAGACCGUCCCCGAGUUCGGCCACCACUCGACGUCGCUGAACCAGUUCAAUAGGAAU